AUGAGCAGCAGCAGCAUCGUCGCCUGCCCAAUUUGCAACAAGAGCGUGCCUGAGUGGUACAUGAACGACCACCUGGAUCGCGAGGUCGCCAGUGUCAAAACGACCACGCUCUGGCUCCCAGCACUUAUCCAGACCGCCCGCGUUGAUUCACUCGCAGUCACUGCAGUCGCCGAAGCAAGCCGAUCCCUCCCUUUGGCCGAACGCCUGCGUCCCAUGUCGCUUGACACGUUUGUCGGGCAGCAAGACCUUGUUGGCCCUACAGGGAUGCUGCGGCGUAUCAUUGAAAAUGACCAGGUCACAUCUAUGAUCUUCUGGGGCAACCCCGGGCUGGGCAAAACCACGCUAGCACGCAUCAUUGCCCGGCGCACCAAAGCCGUGUUCAAGGAGAUGAGUGCUGUAACGCAGAACACAUCUGAUGUGAAGAAGGUCAUUGAGGAGGCUGGCAACAUUAACAGGCUGGCAAGGAAGCGCACCAUCCUGUUUCUCGACGAAAUCCACAGGUUCAACAAGGCUCAGCAGGACGUGUUUCUGCCGUAUCUCGAGCGCGGCCAGAUCACCUUGAUCGGGGCCACCACGGAGAAUCCAUCAUUCAAGCUCAAUAGCGCGCUGCUGAGCCGCUGCCGCGUGUUCCGCCUUGGUAACCUUACUGGAAGACGACAUCGACUGAAGCAAGAGGACCUCGGUGAAACGCAGGCAGGCCUGGACAACGAGGUGGCCAAGUACGUGGCUUCUGUCAGCGAUGGCGAUGCCCGUCCGAAGAGCACUUUUGACUUGAUCUCGGCCCUCCACAAGAGCGUGCGUGGCAGCGACGCCAAUGCCGCUCUGUACUGGCUUGGCCGCAUUCUGGCUGGAGGCGACGACCCGCUGUACGUUACACGGCGCAUGAUCCGCAUGGCCUCCGAGGACAUUGGCCUCGCAGAUAACAACGCAUUGCCGCUGGCUGUAUCGGCAUUCCAUGCGUGCCAGGCGAUAGGAAUGCCCGAGUGCGAUACGAUUUUGGCCCACUGCAUUACAUAUUUGGCCAGGGCUCCGAAAAGCGUCGAGACGUACAAGGCAUACAAGAGAGUCAAGGCGACGCUGCAGGACGAGAACCCAUGGCCUGUGCCGCUACAUUUACGCAACGCGCCGACGACUAUGAUGAAAAACAUGGGGUACAGCUUGGGAUACAAGUAUAACCCAGACUACGAAGGGCCUGUGGACCAGAUUUACUUGCCAGACAGUAUGAAGGACCGCAACUUCUUCACAGACGGAAGCUAGGAUAAAGACAUUUGGCGCUUCUCUGAUACGACAGAGAUGUAGAGCUAAAGGAGGGACGGGCUUAAAUACAC